UUGUUAGAUGGAACUGAGGAUCUCCAAGCAGAUUCUCAAGAAAGCGAACAAUGCCCACUGCUCAUGAAUAUUUGCAAAAAUGUUCUACUCUUUCGCAACAUGAAUGACAAAGAAUUGGCGAAAAUCACACAGGUCAUGGUUGGACGGGAAGUUCAUCCAGGAGAUGUGAUUAUCACACAAGGAGAGAGCGGCAACCACUUUUAUGUGAUUGAAAGAGGUCUUUUCAGUGUGCUUGUCCGAAGCGAAGAUGGCGUUGAAAAACGAGUGCUUCAGUAUGAAAACAAAGGUCACUUUGGCGAAAUGGCUUUAAUGUAUAAUGCACCGCGUUCAGCCACAGUAGUUGCCGAAACUGAGGGGAAGAUAUGGUGUAUGGACGGAAACGACUUUCGACGGCUUGUUCUGUCACACGCAGCCAAACAACGAAGGCAGUUCGUAAAGCUUUUGAAUUCGGUUCAUAUUCUAAAGGAGCUAGGCUCUAACGAUCUGAUGAACCUUGCAGACGCUCUGGUGAAACGUACUUAUGAAGAUGGGGAAUGUAUUGUCAAACAAGGUGACCGGGGACUGGAAAUGUACUUCGUUAUGGAAGGUAAAGUGAUUGUGAAAAAAGAUACAUCGGCCGGUGUAAUCACUGUUUCGGAGCUUGGCGAAGGACAGUAUUUUGGUGAACUGGCUCUUUUGAGUGACGAACCUCGAGCUGCCUCAGUUUAUUCCGUUGGGACAAGCGUUCUGGCAGUGUUGGAUGUACAAAGUUUUGAACGACUACUGGGCCCCUGUGUCACUGUAAUGAAGCAAAAUACACUCAAGUACUUCGGCCGAACAAGCGGCCAUGACAUCCGUUGA